GUUGUCAAGUAGCAAGUUGACGUCCUUCUGUUCGUACGAUAUGUCUGAUAUCCGUUGGAAAUGACACAUCAACUGCAGGGUCAUCGUUACUACAACGACUACAGUAGUUCCGAUUCGGAAACGGAUUACCCACCACGUCCAAGAAUUAUUGUUGGCCAAGGUGACGCCGACCGAAGAUGGGAGACAGAAUCUGGCGAUGGUCUUGAACCUGCCUGGGCUGGUGCUGUGCAAGACAAAGGAGAUGUGUUUUACGUGGAACAGGGCGAGGAACCGCCAUCUCCUAAAAAAGUAGCUGUGGACAAUGAAUUUAACAGUGAGCACACACUAAAUGGAAAGGGUAAAGAGAAGAGAGGUUUGCAUAAACUUAAAAAAAUAAUAAAAGGCAGGAAGGGCGACAAUGGCAAAUUGCAUGUCAGUCUUUCAGAACCUGACUUGAAAACUUCGCAGUAUAAUUUAGUGUACGGAACUCCUGAUAAAAACACUGACAAUGGUGACUUGAGAGAAGUGUCGUUGUUUUUGAGUCCGGAUAUUAAUCAUACAGUAGCACAGAGUCGUUUGGAAGCUUUGUUUGGAAUAAUACCAGGUAGAUUCUCCAUCAAGUCAAGAUACUCUCCUCUCAGUUCUCCAGCCAGGAAAAAUGACUUUAAGAAUGGUGAUAAAAUAAUGGUUCGGGGACUCCUACCAACUGGUGUGGCUAUGAAGUCUGGUCAAAUAAGUAUUGGUGAUUGUGUGGUUGCAAUUAAUGGAAUACCCCUAAAUUAUGAUAAUUUCAACAGAGUACUUUCUGCAAUUGUAGGUCCUUUAGAGGUGAAACUUCAUAUUGAAAAGCAAGUUCUUCCUAAAGAUCGGUUUAUUUUACAACCAAGGAGAAUUCUGCCCAAUGGAAGCCUGGUUAAACUGGUUAGUGGGGAGAAAUUGAAAGAAAUCACCAUUUCACUACAGAAAACACCACAUGUAGUUAUGUACUUAUCAAUAGCUGGUAAUACUCUAGAGACUACAAAUGAAAACAAGGAGGUUCUGUAUCAGUAUCCAGAAAAUGAAGCUUCCCGGAAAUUGAGUGAUGUACAAGGAAUGUUUUUAACUGUCAGUGACAUGAUGGAGACAAUUACAGGGACUAGGGUGAUUUGUUCUUCAAUUGUUAUAAACAAGCAACUGUUGAACGUGGGUUACUAUAAAAAUGGUACAGAAGUACUGGUACUUGCCGUGCCGGCGAAUAAAGUCUCUGUAUCGCAACUAAACCACAUUGUCUCUGACGUGGUCAGGUUACUUAUUUUGUUAUAUGGAUCAUUAGACAAUACUUUCUUACCUAGUAUAUAUCAAGCCAAAUUGGACCACCUAUUUUCCCUAUUAUUCCAAAGACUUCUACUUGGUGAUAAUGUACAUACCCCUUUACUAGAUAGCAAUACCUAUGCCUUCCUUGAUACGUUACCUGGAGUUAGGUGGUUAGAUCUUCCUGAUGAUGUCAAGGUGACAAUAGAUAGCAGUCUUAGUGAACUUGAGGCGACAGAUUUUGCAGACAUGUCCGAUGAUCACUACGAUGACAGAAGACCUUAUGUUAUUCUAGGAACGUGUCUAUUCCAUAGGGGUUACCUACUAGCUAAUCAUUUACCAAAAGAGGAUUUCAUUGAUAUGUUGCUUUACUGUCGAUAUCAUUCCCUACUGACCUUGGCUUCUGAAGCCCGAAUCGGCCAGCUAGUUAUUUGGAAAGAGGUCUAUCCCACCAGAAGACGUAAACGGAAAAGUGGAACUGAAAAUGAGGGAUACACUGAGCCACAUGGAAGAGACUUUCUACUUAUUGUUGGCAUGAAAAAUGGUUUGUUAUGUAUGUUACUUGAAGCAGGUGGAUGUGCAGCGAAGGCAGUUGGUAAUCCCAGUCCAGAUCCUUUCUAUGUGGACCAGGCCAAAGCAACAUUACUUCAUUUAGAAUCAAUCAGUAUUCCUGCUAGCUGUGAGGACAGGUUGUCUAAUAUACCAGUACCUGCAAUUUCAUGCGCCGAUUGGUUCUUUUCAAGUAAAAGUAAUACAAUAGAAUCCAGUACCCCUCCACCAAUUCCAGGCUCUCCUAUGCUGAGUAGGCUCCAUACACCACAACAAAAAGGUAGUUCAAAGAAACAACAGCUGUUUCCUCCAGAUUCCGGAGGCAAGCCCAAGAAGCGAUCUGGGUCACCAUCAAGAAAUGUAGCACGAAGCAGUGCAUAUGAAGUGGAUUCUGAUGAAGGUAGUGAUGCCAGCGCAUAUUCCCCAGUGAAUAGUCAACAGUCUACGCCCGUUUUAAGACGAAGAAAUGAUGAUAACCGAAGAGAGUCGGUUGGAUCAGCGGGGUCUGGAGGUAGCAGUAGUGGAAGUUCACUAUUCAAGUCUACCAAGAAGCAUAGAAUAAUACCAGAUCCAUUCAAUAUGGCAAUACUUAGGAAGGGUCUGAAUGAAGCAGAAGCUAAUGAGCUGUAUACGGCUACCAAACUGACAUCAGGAGCUGACAAUACUUUAUUUCAUUAUGUUAAUCUUGAGAUUGGUCAGGGUGUUGUUGUUUGUCCUACGCAUAAAGAUGUUACAUUACUAGGGGGUACUGUGCAUCCACAACUCAUAAAAAACUUCCAUAAAUGUUGUCUUGGUAUCAGACAAGUUUUUCACCAAUCAAGAAAGCCGAGACUUAAGUCGAAAAAGACUCAACAAACCAACAGAUUUGACAGAAACUAUUGCUUUAAGGUUGUUAAAGAACACGGCAUAUUAAUGCAGUGUACUCCUGAAAACUGGAAUGAACAGAAAAAAUCGCCACCUACCAUGAAUUACUGGGUUGUUGGGAGGAUAUACGGGAAGCCAUUUCCAAGAGAGGUUUAUGUUUGCUUUCAUGAAUCAGCACCUCAGAACACUAUUGAACUGGCAUUCAAAUUAUCCUUCGGAGCUGGACUUUAG